CUUAGAGGAAAGAGGAAAAUAAGGACCAGGGACGUCUCCUUUCUAAUCUGAAGUGGAGGAUUUUGGCGGGAGACCGGCGGUAUCAUCCAUGACUUCCUCCCACAUCAAUGGAAACUACAUUGAAGGGAGUGAUACAGGCUUCCAUAUACCCUCGAAGACGAUGAUACAAGAUAUCACUAUGGAGCUUCAUUGCUCACUGUGUAAAGAAUGGUACCGUGACCCACUGAUGCUAAGCUGUGGCCACAACUUCUGUCAAGCCUGUAUCAAAGAGUUCUGGAAGUUGCAAACUAGAGAAACAUUCUGCCCUCAGUGUAAAAUGCUAUGUCAGCACAGCAACUGUACUUACAAUCUUGUGCUGGAGAAGCUGGUAGAGAAGAUCAAGAAAUUACAAUUAAUAAAAGGUCAACCACAGUGUCCGGAGCAUGGAGAGACUCUGAAACUGUUCAAUAAGCAAGAAAGAAAACUGAUGUGCUUUCAAUGCAAGGAUAUACGUAUAUCUAUGGGAGAAUCCAAGGAGUUCCUGCAAAUCAGUGAUGCUUUCCGUAUCAUGUCGGUGUGUCUGUCUCCAUUAACUCUGGACCCUAAAACAGCUCACCCAAAUCUGCUCCUAUCCAAAAACUACACCAGUGUAUGGCAUAGUGACAUUAAGCAAGCACUGACUGACAAUCCAGAGAGGUUUGACUCAAGUGUGGCUGUCCUGGCUUCCCAAGGCUUCACCUCUGGAAAGUGGUACUGGGAAGCAGAAGUAGCAAAUAAGACCAAGUGGACAGUAGGUGUCGCCAAAGAAUCCAUCGUUCGUAAGGGCAGCUGUCCUCUAACUCCUGAGCAAGGUUUCUGGCUCUUAAGAUUAAGGAACCGAACUGAUCUAAAGGCACUGGAUUUGCCUGCUUGCAUUCUAAAGCUGACUAAGAAGCUCGACAAGGUGGGCAUCUACCUAGAUUAUGAGGAAGGGCAAGUGUCCUUCUACAAUGCUAAGAACAUGGCCCACAUUUAUACCUUCAGUAGCAUUUUCGUGGAGAAACUGUACCCUUACUUCUGCCCCUGCCUUAAUGACGGUGGAGAGAAUAAAGAACCAUUGUAUAUUGUACAUCCACAGUAAUUAGUCAUACUACUGUAUAAAUUCAGAGGCUAUUAAAUAAGUAUUGAAAUAUCUUA